AUGCUCACUUCCGUCCAACUGACCAAUGGGAGGAGAGCGGACGCAGAUACCAUGUCGAGCAUCCAGUUUGAGCAGGAAAACGCCUGUCUUCAUCCAACAGGAUUUAGGCAGCGACUACAGUCCGCUCCAGGUAAACUACUUAAACCAUCUGCUAGUGGCAAAAAUGUCCAUGCCAGUCUUCAGCCUGGACGAAAGGCUUUGGGGAUGGUCAACAAAGUACCAAAUGCUACCCCAUCCACCCAAGUGCACAAACUGUUAAAACCUCAGGAAACUGAGGUGAAGACUACUCUAAUCAAAUCUGACAAGUAUCCAGACAUUGAGAAAUUCAUCCCCUAUGACCCCUUAGAAUUUGAGAAGUACUCCAUACCGGAGGAUUUGCUUCCCCUGAGUAGGCUUGCCCUUCCAGGAUUGGCUGAAUUGCCACAAGCGCAUCUACCUGAGGAAAACUCUGUGCUUCCUUUAAUCAUGUCUCCAGUUAAAACCCUGACAAAUUCUGGUUAUUGCCCAGCAUUGACUGAAUUUCUUCACACACUGGAUACACUGACUGUAGAGCUUCCCCUGGAAUUUUCCCUCGACUAA